AGAACUCAUGAAUAGGCCAUGUAUGGAACUUCUCAGUUCAGAAAAAAAAAUGGGAUAUUUGCCUCAGUUUGAAGAAAUUUGCUACCCCUGUAUACAGAAGGCAUUCCAACUUCAUUUCAUCUUCUGCAUCUCAAUCGUCCGUUCUGUGAUUCAUUCUCAUGGAAGAAGAACCUAUGAAAUCACAGAAUUCUGCUUCAAGUUCGUUCUAAAUUUGUAUUGGAUCUCAAAUGAUAGUGGCUGUGGUCAAAGGACAGAACGAGAUACUGUUUUGGAUUGGGAAAAUUCAAGUGGUUUCACAUGUUGAUGAUAAAAGAGAUCCAGGGUCAGCCUACUUUUGUGGAAUUGUUUUGCUUUGGCUUUGUAUCUGGGGACACGUUGGGGCAAGGAGUCUUAGAUUUGGGAAGACAAGAGAAUGUACUUUCCACAUUGUCAAUCUACAAGGUCAGAGUGUGUGGGGAUGGGUUCAGAAGUGUGUGUUUUCCACAGGUUCCCUAGCUGAUGCUGCUAUAUUCUCCUACUCCAGAGUCUCCAGAUCUUGGGGGAAUGCUAAUCCUAUGGAUUUAGAGGGUUUUGUUGGCUUGUCUGAAUGUUUUGGGGGGUUUCCUCCCCUUCGUCUGUUUUCUAUUUCAUUAGCAACCUUUCCCCUCGAUCUCACAAAAACCCGACUCCAGAUGCAAGGAGAAGCUGCCCUUGCUAAGUUGGGAGAUGGUGCGAUGGAAUCCACCCCUUACAGGGGCAUGAUGCGCACGGCCCUGGGGAUUGUCCAGGAGGAAGGCUUCCUAAAGUUGUGGCAAGGAGUGACGCCCGCCAUUUACAGACACGUAGUGUACUCUGGAGGUCGGAUGGUCACCUACGAACAUCUCCGGGAAGUUGUGUUUGGCAAAAGUGAAGAUGAACAUUAUCCCCUCUGGAAGUCCGUCAUUGGAGGGAUGAUGGCUGGCGUCAUCGGACAGUUUUUAGCCAACCCCACUGACCUCGUGAAGGUCCAGAUGCAAAUGGAAGGGAAACGUAGACUGGAAGGGAAACCCCUGAGAUUCCGUGGAGUACAUCACGCGUUUGCAAAAAUCUUAGCUGAAGGAGGAAUCCGUGGGCUUUGGGCAGGCUGGAUACCCAAUAUUCAGAGAGCAGCGCUUGUGAACAUGGGAGAUUUAACCACUUACGACACAGUGAAGCACUACCUGGUAUUGAACACAGCACUUGAAGACAAUAUCGCCACUCACGGCUUAUCCAGUUUGUGUUCUGGACUGGUGGCUUCUAUUCUGGGAACACCAGCCGAUGUCAUCAAAAGCCGAAUAAUGAACCAACCUCGAGACAAACAAGGAAGAGGGCUUUUGUAUAAGUCAUCUACUGACUGCGUGAUCCAGGCUGUUCAAGGAGAGGGCUUCCUGAGCCUGUAUAAAGGCUUUCUACCCUCCUGGCUGAGAAUGGAAGAUACUUUACUCCACAGAGACUGCGAUUUGCAGGGGGCAACACUUUAUCCCUCUCUGGAAACCCGAGUUCUCUCUGACUCCUCCUUUUAUCUAAGAGCAAUCUGUCUGGUCCAGUCUCACGAGACCAACCACUGAGACACAGCCGAGGCAUUUGCUGAAGAAGGGAAACCCAGACCACUUUGACCUUGGGCCAGGAGGUUUGGACUCUGAGCCGCUGAUCUGUGCAGAAGCAUCUGCCUUAGACGAGUUACCAGAGGGAGCCAGCAUCUGAGACCCGGAUAGACGUCAGCGAUGCGGAAGACUGUUGCGCUUAGGGAACGUUUAACUUCUGCGCCAGUAUGUAUUGUUGCAGUCUGACAACUGCUUUUCAGCCAGCAGCCACUGUAAUCUACAGGGAGGCAAACGAGAAGUCACGAAUAAACAUCUUGAAUUUUCCUAGUGCUCCAAGAAGUCGCUUUACCUUUUCACGCAAGGAGGACGGAAAUACAUAAGAGGCAACUUGAAGUGGUGUUGGAUGGCAGGGCAAGAGGCUCCUCGCUGCUGGGUCUGCCUUUGGGGGUGCUCUUAUUGGCUACCACUCCUUCAUGCAUGCUAGAGCCUAGUGAUAUCCUCUGACGGCCACAGUCUGCCAGUGGAGCAGAACGCUUGCUGCGUAACCCAUCCCAUUACAACCCACAUUUGUCCGUAGCUCUAAGAAGCAUAACCAAGGGAACCACAACAUACUUGCCUGCGAUUCAGCUCCCAGGUGUCCUUAGGAAGCACCUCAUACAGUCACCCAGCUCUCCGGGGAUGUUUUGGGAGCAAACUCACUCCCUCGGGUCUCCAUCUAUAUCUCUCUGUUACGGAGAGGAGAGGGCAGUGAGAGCUAGAGAGCUCAGAUGCCACGCCAAAACUUCCAGAAGCCCGAGUGUUAAUCAUUGUGAAUCUAAUCCAUCCCUGCCUGAAGUAUGGCAAGUGUUCGCCAUCCGCGGGUCAUGAUAAUCCCUCCAGUCUUCGCAUCCGGUCCUUUUCUCUCUUUGUACAAGGGUUUCUCCAGAGUCACCUGGUACACACCUGCUCCCCCAGCCUCAGAUACAGGGCGUUUGGGGAUGAAUGGCUACAGCUUGAGGGUAACGUCUGGGGCUAUUACUAGAGAAACUGUGACCACUCGAGCCCAAGGUGGAUCUGAAAGCCAACCAAUGAUGGAUUGAUGCUCACUCGUGUGUACAAGCAGCAUCCUCGGUGCUGCCUGAAUGAGCGGAUGGAGAAUCACUGCCAUUGCAAAGGAGGAAGAAGCACACCUUUAAAGACCUCUCCACGUGCGGACCCGUCUCGCUUUUCUACUUACUGAAGGUGGAGUUUGAUCCCUGCACCUCUUCGGGUUUCCCACCUGUCUGUUGCAUUCGUUGACCCGCAAUUGAGUUGCUAAAUAUAUAUAUGUAGCCUAUAUUAUGUGCUUAAGUCCCCAAGUGUUCGCUUUGGGGAAAUUUUGGUUUUUUUUUUCUAUGUUUUCUAAUGUGUAUGACUAAGUAACAAUGAAGUCAAACAAUUACAUGCAAACUCGACUGUGGAAAAUUGGCUCCAGCUUUCUUCUUUUGGGGGCUGGGAUCUGGGACAGGGGCACGUUGUUCCUUGGGUUUGGAAACUGAAGCCCAGGGAAAGGUUGCCCAUGCUGCACAACGCAAAGACCGUGGUAAUUAUUUAUCUUACAGUGGACCGUAACGCUGCACACUAAUGAGGUACCCAAGCAGAACCCUUACAUCGGCUGCACAACGCCCCUGUGUGAGACUCUGAGUCAUCUCCUAAUGUGUCGUCGUUGUUGAUGCUGUUGUCGUUUUGUCUCGUAGUUCUCAGUAUAUCUACGUUGCUUGCAGCACAACGUUUAGGCUGAAAUGGACUUGAACACUAAGACUCCUCAUGGUAGUGCUUGUCGUGUCUCAGACACAUAGCCCCACUACUCCCAUGCGAACUCGGCCUCUUGGUACCCACUUGGUACCCACUUGGAAUGUGCUAGGUCCUUCUCCAAAGUAAACACAUCAGAAAAAUCCUGUCUGUAACUUUCUCACUCUCCUACAGUGGAACUCUGUGGGCUUCUCGGCCCUGCAGCCCAAUCUUCAUAACUCUAGGCGUUUUUCUUUAAUUCUGCUUCCUCAGUUUUCCUAGUCAAAUAAUGCUUUUUUACUUUUUAAAAAUCCACGCAUAGCUAUAAUGCAUAGAUUAUGGUUAUAAUGUGCUCUGACCUUUAUAAGCAAAUUAACAAGUGUAUCUAAUUAAAGGGAUAGCAUCUCUUAAGUCUUACUUUAGUUAGACAUAAUAAGGGUUUUUAAAUCUUUUUAUUUUACUUUUGCGUGUGUUUCGCCUGGAUGUGCGUCCGUGUUCCAUUGCAUGUGGUUCCUAAAGAGACCAGGAGAGGGCACUGAAUCCCCUGGAACUAGAGAUGGUUACGAGCUGCCACGUUGGUGCUGAGAAUUAAACCCAGACCUUCUGGAGGAGCAGCCAGUGCUCUUAACCACUAGGCCAUUUCUCCAACCCUGGGAAUAGUAAAUGUUUUUUAAAACUCCAGGCCCUGUUGGAUUAUAAUUCUUCAGGGUUAGGACUGGGUAGGUACUCUGGUUGUACAUGAAUCACAGCCUUCAUUAAUAGCUUUCUUUGUUUGGUUGCCUAUUUAUUCAUUUGUCUUGUUUAUUUAUUUUAGCUACUGGUACCCAAGAAAAACUGUUUAUUGCUAACACAAUAUAUAUGAAUAUAUAAUAAAGUUAUAUAUUGCUAACAUAA